UUACAUUCAUCACUGGAAACGCAAACAAGUUGAAGGAGUUCCAAUCCUUGAUGGAGGAUGUCACCAACUUUGAGUUUGAUAACUUGAAACUAGAUUUAGAUGAGUACCAAGGAACUCCUGAAGAAAUUGUCACCAAGAAGGCUAAGCUUGCUGCUACACACACCGAUAACCCAGUAUUAGUUGAAGAUGUUUCUCUUUGUUUCAAUGCAUAUAAAGGACUUCCAGGACCUUAUAUUAAAGAUUUCUUGAAGCAAUUAGGAACAGAGGGACUUUACAAAAUGGUCUCUGGAUUUGAUGAUCACACUGCCUAUGCUCAAUGCAUCUUUGCAUAUUGCGAGAACAAGGAUUCCGAGCCAGUCCUUUUUGUCGGUAAAAACGAAGGAAAAAUUGUUGAACCAAGAGGAGAUACCUCCUUUGGAUGGGACCCUGUCUUCUUGCCUGAUGGAUAUGAACAGACUUAUGCUGAGAUGGACAAAGCUACCAAGAACUCCAUUAGUCACAGAUCCAGAUCUGUUGCAAAGCUCAAGGAAUAUCUCCAGACUGAGGAAUAAAAUUGCUAGAGUUCAUGAUUCAACUUCAUA